CCGGACCCUGCAUUCACUAUAUCUGGUCUCCCACAGUACACAGAACAAGGAAUUGCAAUUAAUUUAGUAAAAUAUAAACUGCUAAAUACCUUUACUCACCAGCAGUUAGAGCAGUCUUGUGACUUCCAUCAGUGUCCAGCCGAGCACAUGUUAACGCUUGGUGAGUUUUCUUUCUGCUCUAGGAGGAUGCAGAACUCCUGUCUCUGUCUGGAUAGUGCUGAUUGGUCCUGUGCUCAUCACAUGCACUCUCCCAUAAAAAACAACAAAAAAACCUCUCUAGCUCUCUAGCAAUACAUACUAAACUGAGCAU